AUGAGUGCAGGGAUUCAAAUUAAAAAUUAAAAAUUAAAGAUUUUAAAUUUUAAAAUAUAAUUACAUUAAUAACAUUUAUUAGAAAAUAUAUUUUAAUUUGCCACCAACACAUAUAAAAUAUGCAUAUUUAUAAACAAAAAUAAUGUUAAGAAGAGAUAUUUGAUCAAGAAACUAAUCAAUAAUUAAAAUUUGGAUGAGGAGGAUAAUUUAAAGACUAUUAAGAUUUUAGAAGAUUAAAGUAUUAAUUUUUCUAAAUUUAAUUAGAAGACAAAGAGGUUGCAGAAGUAAAUAAAAAGGAAUCAGUAUGGCAAGCUGUUUGA